AGAGACCACGCCCCCCCAAAAUAAAUCAAACUUUUGGGGGGUCAACGGUCAAAUUUCAUGUGAUAAGGUUUGGUUGCACGUGGUAUCUCCUCAGCAAGACCUUGUACCUCUUUCUCUUGUCCUCCUCUCUCUAGUGCUGCCUAGAUUCUGAUAAUGGAAACUAUAGGAGCAGUUGGUGUUGAUCCAAAGGGACCUUCGUCAGUAGUGGAAAAGUCCACUGGGGCGUAUGGAGUUCAUGAUACAUUAAGAUAUGGAUUUGCGUCUGCCAAAACUGAUAUAAUUCCUCCACAUCCGUUGGAACAUGCUCAAGCAACGUUUGAGCUGAACCGGGAAGCCGUGCAGUUCCAGACCCUGAGACACACCCAAGGCCUUCAUGCUCCUCUGAAGCUGCAGAUGGAGCGCAAACUAACAUCCAAGAUUCAACGGUUACCACCUUUUGAGAGCUCCAUGAUUGCAUUUGACACACUCACUGGCAAUGACUCAUGCCUUCCCCUCACGGACGUACUUGGAGGUGAAUGUGACAUUUCCUUGAACGUGGACACACAUGUGAUUAUGGAGAGGAGAUUGAAGUUCGACAAGUUUUAAUAUCAGACAAUGAACUUAUGUAUGUUAAUGCAACUAUGUUAUCAAUAUAAGGUUCUUAUAAUAAUAAUAAUUAUUGACAUUGAAAUAAAUCUUUUGCAUAAAUGUAAACGAUGUGAA